UGGGUUUGGUGUAAGGAGGGGCAUCACGAUGGCGUUGGGCGGGGAUGGGGAGAGAGGUAGCGGAGAUGGAGGAGGGAGCUAGGGACAAGUGUUGAAAAAUUUGAACAGUGUCCCGAAAUGUUUAAAACGGUAGUAUAGUAUCCCAAAAAAAAACACAUAAUUUAUUUAUUUGGAAUUUGUUAUAGUCCCAUACCGGAAUUUCCAAAAUAUCCUCCAGUGGAUUUUAAUUAAAUGGUGGUCAGGUGUUGCUGCCGCCGUAGAAGGAUUCAAUUGGACCCCAGGAAAUUUAUGUUUAAGGAUCACAUUAAUUGGUUAAAAUCAAAGUUUGGGAUUAAAUGGAAUGAAUUUGGUUGGCCAUUUUUCCUUAAAAAAAAGCAAAUGCACAAGGAAGGAAAGAGAGAGAAACGGGAAUAAAGAAAAAAAAAAAAAAAAAAGAGGGAAAGUAAAAUGGAGCAUGGGCUUUUGGGUUUUUGGGUACUGCCAUAUUGGGCAUUGGGUUUGGACUUCAGAAGAAGAAGAAGAGGAAGAAGAAGCGCAGCAAACACAGCCCUUCCAUUUCUCACAAGACGCCAAGAGCAGAUAAACUUUCCCUACAUUUUCUCGAUUAAUUAGUCAUUAUUCUUCAUUUUUUGUUGCUUUUUUAAAAAAAAAAAAAAAAAAUUACGCUAAAUUUCGACAAAAAAAACACAAAAAAAAUUUUUUGAGUUGAAUUAGGAUGGAAUAGUAGCAGUAGAUAGUGGUAAAAAUAGGAAUUAAGAAAGAUGAAUAAGGAGGAGAGGUUGAUGGUGUGGAGAUGGAAUUAGAAUGUUUUGUUUUGUGAGCAAAACCAAAUCCAAACAAUACAUAUAAGUAGAUCCUACUACUAUCCUUCUCCUUCCCUGUCCCUGUCUAUUUGCGCCGGGCCGGCGUUCACAUUUUGAUCUCGGUGCGUUUCUGACCUUGAUCGCUUUUUCAUUUUUUUGGUUUUGUAACUCUUUUGGUCUCUGAAUGCUGCUAUCUAUCGACUUCCAUUUGAGCUCUGCAACUGCUCAUCUCAUCAGUUUUAUACGGUUCUGGAUUAAUAAUUGUUGAAUCAUCAAACUUAGUAGUACUUUAAUUGUUGAAUCAUCAAACUUAUUUUUUUUAUCAUCAGUAUAUAUAUUCAUUUUGGCUUUGUGUGGUGAUUGGUGAAUGUGUGCCGUACAAGUAAAGUUGUUGCUAUUAGUUGUGUGCGUCGUCGUGCUGUUGUUGUUCACUUUUCCGUCCCUCCGUCGGUCCGCCGCCAAUCGUUCCCAAAAUUGCGUCUCGGCAAUGUCUUCUGAGUUGUGAUGCUCUGUCCUUCCUUGGAGUGCUAUACUAUUCUGUCCCCGUAUUAGAUUCAACAUUUUUUUUUGAUGGUUUGAUAUCAUCUUAUCCUUCGAAAACAAAACGCACAAAGCAAUAGAAUUGUGAGCAGGACAAGAGCUCAGACAUGGUAGUGGCGCUUUUCUAUGAAAUAAUCAAAAUCAUUUGUAGGCAUUAUGGAUUGGAUUUUUGAAUACAAGGCCUUCCUUCUCCACUCCUUCCUCCUGACUACCCGCUUGCCUCUGCUAAGUUUCUUUACUCUCCCAGAUUUUUUUUUUCCUCUAAUCACUGUGGGCAUUUUGUUAUUGCCCUUUCAUUAAUUGUAUAUAUCUUCUGUCAAAAUUCUAUGGUUAUAUUCUUGCUGCUGCAUCAAACGAUAGUCUCACUAAUUCUUUUAAUGCAUAUCUCCAUUAUGUUUUAGCAUGUGCUUUUGGACUUGGUUUCAGGUUUAUGAGUUGAUCUCCCUAUUCCUUGCGCUUUCUGGAGGAGAAAGUGGACCUCUUCUCUGUUGCAUGCAGUCACUAGAAUAUCUCUUUGGCUAGAUUUUUGCAAACUCUAAAUCCAACAGUGAUUGGCCUAGAUUUGGAUGCCUAUCCUAGAUUUAGGAUUGAAGCUGCUCUGUAGCUUAACUGUUGCUUUUGGCUUUCUUCAGCAGGCUGAAAUUCGUGUUCCCAUUUCUUAUUGUGUACAAGACCAGAUAAUCUGGUUUUGCAUUUAAUUCUUCUGCAGUGUAUCACAAUAUCCUCACUCCCCGUAUCCAAACUUGGCUGUAACUUUCAGAGGAGUCAGCCAGCAGAAAAGUUACUUCUUAUGGUUUGGUAUGUGAGCAAGAAGCAUUCAGUCUUGAAGAAUACCUAGUAAUGGGUUUGCUGCAAGUUUCAUCGUCCUGUGAAAUUUCUGAGGAUGUCACAGCAUCCUCAAGUAUAUUUCUGCCAAGCCCACCACAAAUGCCUGGUGUGAGCGCCUGUGACUUGGAUGGAAUGCAUGUUGGUGUUAUAACCCCACCGUUUGGGGGAAAUUCGAUAUGUUCUUCAUUAGGAGACUUUAACCGCAAAUCCUCAUUGGAGGCCUCAAACUUUUCUCAUAAUUCAUUUCAGCAGGAUUCUGUAGAUGCGGUAGCUCAUUGUCACGUGUCAAGAGCUCAUUUUGGUGACAAAAUUGACUCGUUAUCUCCAUGUGCCAAGAGGGAUAUGUACACUCCUGCUUCUCGAAUUGUUGGUUUUGAAGCUUUCCAAAAGGAUAUCCUCCCUGGUGGAAUGAUGGAGUUUCAGCCAACAAUGCCGAUCAUAUUGUGGUUGGCACUAACUCUGAUGAAACUGAAUCUAGUGGAUCUUUUGUCAGGAAGCGGUUGUUGUCACCACUGAAUAAUAUGCUUUUCCCUGAGCAAUUUAGUGGUGAUUCUAUGGACAUUGGUAGGAGCACUUUUCAUUCCAGUUCUCAUGGCAGUCGUUCUCUUUAUAUUGCCCAAGAUUAUAAAAAAGCAAACAUUGGAAGAAAAAAACAUAUCAGGGCACCUAUUUGGCCUAUAUCGAAGUUCUCGGAGCAGAAAGGGAUGCGUAAUUACCAUGAAACUACCUCUUUGUGUUUUACUGAUGGGCCUUUACUGGAGGAGAAUGAAGUAAUCCCAUUUAAUUGCCUGCCUUCAUCUGAAGUUAAUUGUUUAGGAGGAUUGAAUAAAGUGAGGCCAUCAUCUUCGGCAACACCAGCAUUGACCAAGGAUGAUAAUGCAGCUCCACUAUCUUCAUCACCUCUUCGUCCUAGAUUUUCUGAAAAAUUAACAGUUCCAUGCAGAGGAAAAAUUAUCAAAAGUGAGAGAGACAUUUUUGAGAAUAUGGGACAUUUAUAUAAGGAGAAUGUCUCCAGCUUUUUAGGUUCUUGUAGAGAAGAGGAUUUUGGGAUAGCAAGCACAUCAUUUGAAGAUUGUCGGUGUCUCAAAAAAGGUAUUCAGUCUUCAUCACCAGAAAGUAACACUGGAAGGAGUUGGCCUAUCUAUCAAGAUCUUGGCACUACAGCCAGUUGCAUGAAGUUGUCCAGAAGUUUGAGGGGGCUUCCUAUUAGAAGAUCAUUGGUUGGCUCAUUUGAGGAAUCGCUAUUUUCUGGUCGGCUUGCUAUGGGAAGACACAGUCAGAGAAUAGACGGAUUUCUUGCUGUCAUUAGCGUAAGUGGAGGCAAUUUUUCUCCUAAAGUCCAGAAACUUCCAUUUGGAGUUGUCAGUGUUGAUGGAGAUAAUUACUUACUAUACUAUGCAUCCAUUAACCUUGCUGGAAAUUCACCAUCAAACGGUUGCAGAGGCCAAAAUUUCAAAAGAGGUUUUGCUAGUGAUGAUCCUCAAAAUAGCAAGAGUCGCCUGCGCAUUCCAGUGAAGGGGCGGAUACAGUUGGUCUUAAGCAACCCAGAAAAGACACCUAUUCACACUUUCUUCUGCAACUAUGAUUUGGGUGAUAUGCCAGCUGGUUCCAAGUCAGACAUUCCUGCGUCAGAAGAUGACCCUGGACUCUGUUGGAUCAAAUAUUACAUGUCAGAAAGAAGGGCAGCACAAUACCGAGGUGAAGUUGGAGAGAAAGGUACUUCAGCUUUAGAAACAAGUCGCCUUGGUGAAACAGUGGAUGGAAAGGAAAUUGCAUGUGAGAGUUGUAAAGAGAAAUGCAACGGUGGAGAUGCAUGUCAUGAAACUGAUAGGAAGUCUCAACAUUCUUGUUCCAAAGUCAAUAGGAGUACGAGUAAUGCUGGUUCCCUACGCUAUGCACUUCAUCUACAUUUUCUGUGUCCUUCGCCUAUAAAAGGCUCAAAAUCAGUUCAGACUAGCAAAUCAGAUCCCCUAUCUAUUGCUCAUGGUACUAGAGACAAGAAGGACGAACGGAGAUUUUAUCUGUACAAUGAUUUAAAGGUGGUGUUUCCUCAGCGACAUUUAGAUGCUGACGAGGGCAAGUUGAACAUUGAGUAUCAUUUUCCAGAAGAUCCAAAAUACUUUGACAUCAUCAGCUGAAACGAGUAGAUUGGCGUCUCGAUUUAUUCACAUGUUUUUGUGUGUGUGUGUGUAUAUACACAUAUAUAUUGCCUUAUCUUAGUGCCCUUUCCGUGCAGAUAGCCUGUAACACACUUUCCCCUGUAAAAACUGAAAAAAGAAAGGAUAUAGUGGAAACGAAAAGAAAUUCUAUCAAGUGGGUUGCUCCUAUAUUUACAGUGAUAUCUGUACUGACUGGUUGGAAAACUUGAGGAAUUAGGACGUUUGGUCGGUUAAUCACUCAGGUUACUCUAUUCCAGACAGAUAAAAAGGCCCUUGAAGCCAGUUCUAUUUUCCUUCUGGCGGGUAUAUAUCCGAGUCCUAUUUUGAAAAGAAGAAAAUGGUGCAACGAUGAGAAGUCAUUGAUCUUUGAAAGUAAGUAUAAGAAAGAUUGGUUAGGUUGUGCCGACUGAUAUAAAGCUUUGAGGUCAGCAGAGAAUGUCAGACACAAGGCUGAAGUUCGUCAUGGUGGGUUUAUAUUUGAUUAAUUGUUCUCCAGUGAUAUUGGUAGUUUCCACAUAAUCGUAAUGACUGAACUUUAUUGUUAGAGUCGAAAAGUUUUCGAGUUCUUUUGGAAUUACAGUUCAAAUGACCUUUGUUUAUGCUGUUGGGAUAUGCAUAUGCUUGUGUUUUUUC